GCGGUGGUGGUGGUGGUGGUGGGCCGGGACCGGGUCCGGUGGCGCAAGGGCUGAAGGAGGCGCUGGUGGAGACGCUGACGGGGAUCCUGUGCCCGGUGCAGGCGGUGCGCGCCGCCGCCGAGGAGCAGGUGAAGGUGCUGGAGGUGACGGAGGAAUUUGGUGUUCAUUUAGCAGAACUGACUGUAGAUCCCCAGGGAGCUCUGGCCAUCCGUCAGCUAGCGUCUGUCAUUUUGAAACAGUAUGUGGAAACUCACUGGUGUUCUCAGUCAGAAAAGUUUAGACCUCCAGAGACCACAGAAAGGGCAAAAGUUGCUAUUAGGGAGCUCCUACCCAAUGGGCUGAGAGAGUCGAUCAGCAAAGUGCGCUCGAGCGUGGCUUAUGCAGUUUCAGCUAUAGCCCACUGGGACUGGCCUGAAGCCUGGCCCGAGCUCUUCAAUCUCUUGAUGGAGAUGCUGGUUAGUGGAGAUGUGAAUGCAGUGCAUGGAGCCAUGAGAGUGCUUACAGAAUUUACCCGGGAAGUGACAGACACACAGAUGCCACUUGUUGCUCCUGUUAUUCUUCCAGAGAUGUACAAAAUUUUCACAAUGGCGGAGGUGUAUGGUAUUCGCACAAGGUCGCGUGCAGUGGAGAUAUUUACCACGUGUGCCCAUAUGAUCUGUAAUAUGGAGGAGUUGGAAAAGGGUGCAGCCAAAGUCCUGAUUUUUCCUGUGGUGCAGCAGUUCACAGAGGCCUUUGUUCAGGCCCUACAAAUACCCGAUGGACCUACAUCAGACAGCGGCUUUAAGAUGGAAGUCUUAAAGGCUGUGACAGCACUUGUGAAAAACUAUCCAAAGCACAUGGUUUCGUCAAUGCAGCAGAUCCUGCCCAUUGUCUGGAAUACCCUUACAGAAAGUGCCGCCUUUUAUGUGAGAACAGAAGUAAAUUACACAGAAGAGGUGGAGGACCCUGUGGAUUCUGAUGGUGAAGUAUUGGGCUUUGAAAACCUAGUGUUCAGCAUAUUUGAAUUUGUUCAUGCCUUGUUGGAAAACAAUAAAUUUAAAAGCACCGUGAAGAAGGCUUUGCCAGAGCUGAUCUAUUACAUCCUCCUUUAUAUGCAGAUCACAGAGGAGCAGAUAAAAGUUUGGACUGCGAAUCCACAACAGUUUGUGGAGGAUGAAGAUGAUGAUACUUUUUCCUAUACAGUGAGGAUUGCUGCACAGGAUCUGUUGCUGGCUGUGGCUGCUGAUUUCCAGAACGAGAGUGCAACUGCUUUGGCUGCAGCAGCUACAAGGCAUUUACAAGAAGCUGAGCAGGCUAAAAACAAUGGCGCUGAGCACUGGUGGAAAAUACACGAAGCUUGUAUGCUGGCCCUGGGCUCUGUGAAGUCUAUUAUUACAGACAGUGUGAAGAAUGGUAGAAUCCAUUUUGAUAUGCAUGGCUUCCUGACAAAUGUUGUUCUUGCAGACCUCAACCUUUCAGUGUCUCCUUUUCUCCUGGGUCGUGCUCUGUGGGCCGCCAGCCGUUUUACAGUGGCUAUGUCUCCAGAACUAAUCCAGCAGUUCUUGCAGGCUACUGUCAGUGGUCUGCAUGAAACCCAACCUCCUUCUGUCCGAAUCUCUGCAGUCAGAGCUAUCUGGGGCUACUGUGACCAGCUGAAGAUCUCCGAGAGCACCCACGUGUUGCAGCCUUUCCUUCCUAGCAUCCUUGAUGGACUGAUCCACUUGGCAACUCAGUUCAGUUCGGAGGUCCUAAACCUUGUGAUGGAGACGCUGUGCAUUGUCUGUACGGUGGACCCAGCAUUUACAGCAAGUGUGGAGAACAAAAUCUGCCCCUUCACGAUUGCGAUAUUUCUGAAGUACAGUAAUGAUCCAGUUGUUGCUUCUCUUGCCCAAGAUAUCUUUAAGGAGCUAGCUCAGAUAGAAGCCUGCCAGGGUCCAAUGCAGAUGAGGCUAAUACCAACUCUUGUCAGCAUCAUGCAGGCCCCUGCUGACAAGAUCCCAGCAGGGCUUUGUGCAACCUCUAUUGAUAUAUUGACCACAGUUGUGAGGAAUACAAAACCUCCUCUGUCCCAGCUCCUGAUCUGCCAAGCAUUCCCUGCAGUGGCUCAGUGCAGCCUGAACACAGAUGACAAUGCCACUAUGCAGAAUGGUGGUGAGUGUCUGCGUGCAUAUGUCUCAGUGGCGCUGGAGCAAAUCGCACAAUGGCAUGAUGAGCAAGGCCACAAUGGACUGUGGUAUGUGAUGCAGGUGGUGAGCCAGCUUCUAGAUCCAAGGACCUCAGAAUUCACCGCUGCCUUUGUGGGCAGGCUCGUCUCCACUUUAAUUUCGAAAGCAGGAAGUGAGCUGGGAGAGAAUCUGGACCAGAUCCUGAGAGCUAUCCUGAGCAAAAUGCAACAAGCGGAGACGCUCAGUGUAAUGCAGUCUUUGAUUAUGGUGUUUGCCCACUUGGUUCACUCACAACUGGAACCGCUCCUAGAGUUCCUGUGUAGUCUCCCCGGACCAACUGGCAAGCCUGCCUUGGAAUUUGUAAUGGCUGAAUGGAUGAGCCGGCAGCACUUGUUCUAUGGGCAAUAUGAAGGCAAAGUCAGCUCUGUGGCCUUGUGUAAACUCCUUCAGUAUGGCAUCAACACAGAUGACAAGCGACUUCAGGACAUCAGAGUAAAGGGAGAAGAAAUAUUUAAUAUGGAUGAGGGAAUACGGACACGAUCAAAGUCGGCCAAAAAUCCUGAACGCUGGACAAACAUUCCUUUGUUAGUAAAAAUCUUAAAAUUAAUAAUAAAUGAACUCUCUAAUGCGAUGGAAGCAAAUGCAUCUAGACAGACAACAGCAGAUUGGAGCCAAGAUGAUUCAAAUGAUAUGUGGGAGGAUCAGGAAGAGGAUGAGGACGAAGAUGAAGGCUUAGCAGGACAAUUCUUAUCAGAUAUUCUUUCCACAAACAAGUAUGAUGAGGAUUACUAUGAAGAUGAUGAAGAGGAUGAUCCAGAUGCAUUAAAGGACCCUCUUUACCAAAUAGAUCUCCAGGCCUAUCUCACUGACUUCCUCUGUCAGUUUGCACAGCAGCCCUGCUAUGCAAUGUUUUCAGACCAUCUCAAUGAGAAUGAAAAGCGAGUGUUACAGGCCAUUGGUAUAUAAACCCACUCGAGAGAUCAUCCCGAUCAUAUCUGAACAAUAUUUUUCUGGCUUAUUCCACGUUUUAUGAUUAAACAUAAAACAUUUUCCAGUGUCUACCUGCUUGUUACAGGUGGAUGAUGGCUUCAUUGCGAUGUAUUGAGCCUCAUCUUAACACGAAUCUGCUAAGGGAAGGAAUACUAAGAAAGCAGCAAGGACAGAAGUCUGUAGAGCUUUGCACGUUGGUCUCACCAUGGGAGCACUUUCAUUUUUCACAGUACUUUACAGGAAGUUCUUAAAAGAAAAAAAAAAACAACUGUGUCCUUAAUAUUUUUUAAAGCAAACUGUCUCUACCUGUGAAGAGACACUUAACUGAGUUUCCCACAGCACAGUUGGACAGAGAAAGGAAUUGGGUCACUUACAGAUUGCUUGGAUGUGUCUUGAGAAAUUGGAAGGUUGUUCCUCCUCGCGCUCGCGUAACACGUACAGGGUAAAUAUCUUGAUCUUACAGCGUGACUUCUUUUUAUAGAACUAUAGACUCUUUUAUCAGUGAUGCCUGAAUGGUAUGGAACCUGUUUACGGGAGUUUGGAUGGGAAGCCGAGACAAUAAAACUGAAUGCAUAUCCUCUUUCCUGUUGUGGAUGGGGCUUUGUUGCACACAUCUGCUGUCUAGUCCCAUGAGAGCAGUUCUUUACUAACGCUUCUGUGUGCACAUGCUCAAAGGAAGCUACCACUUAAAUUUCUGUUCCUGUGGCAUGUGGCUACUAAAGACUUUGGUUUUAUGGAACACAAAGAGCCACAGUUUUUAGGGGGGAAAAAAAACUGAUUGUAUUUAACAUAUUUGUUCCAUGACAGCCACUCUGAACUACUUUGCUUCCUUCACCCUCCUGUGUGUAUUUUUAUAGAGUGGUAAAAUAAUAUUUGCAAUUGAUUUACCCAUAAGAAGAGCGCGAUGUAUCUCGCAACACCUCUCUGCCUUUGGUUCCCCCUUGGGGAAAAUGAAAAUAAAACUAUUAAAGUGUACAUUGGUAUCCUUCUCAUAAAACAGAUUUAAAAGGAACUUGCACUUGUUUCCUGAAGUCACUUUUUAAAGACGUAUUUCUCCUUAGGAAACUUUCUAUAUGUGCCACCCAGAGGACGUAAGGGUGUUUCACAGGAGUCAUCUGGACAGAAAGGGGGUCCUGUAAUGGACACGUCGUCUUCUGCUUAAAAGAAAAAGGAUGCCCAUUAUAGAGUUGCCUUUCUUAAGAAAGGUACAUGCUGUUCCUUUGUGGAAUAAUAUGCUUCAAAGUUGUAUCUAAAAACCACGAAAAAGCUGGAGUAGUUCUGUAUCUUACUGGUCUAACAGAAUAUAGCUUUUCACUUUUUUACCAGGAGGGGAUAAUAAAUUAACUUUUUAACAGACAAAGAUGCCACAAUUUGUUUAGCAUGUUUGGGGAAAAUGGUGGAAUAACGCUGAAUGCCAAAGCAGACCUCGCUCCCCUCUCCCACCCCAACCCCUCCCUUGUGCCUGAGAAGGGGCAGAACGGGGCAAUCCCCACCGUUGGUUGCCGACUGAUCGGACCCAUCCCAAGUUCUCAGUGGUUUGGUUGAAUAGUUCUGUGAGAAGCCGAAUUUGAAGCCCGAUUUGUGUGUGUGUCUAAUAAGGCAUAAGCUCUGAUCAAAAGUUUCCGUGCAGCUGUGUCAUGGUAUCUUUCUUCCCUGUGGAUUCUCUGGUGUAUGAGGAUAUCUAAUUAAACUUUGUGCCAUGGCCUCUUCAGUGGGAACGCUGUGGUUCUGUCUUCUGCCUAGACUUUUUUUAUUUUUUUUUUAAAUCUGUUAGGAAUUUUGUUUUGAGGCAUUUGUGUGUCUCAGCUUUCACUGAAAAGGGCCAACAAGUUAAACUAAACAGUGCGGUCUCUUGAGGAAACAAACUAGAAGUAGAGGGCUGCAGCGGUGCAUCCUGAUGGCUGUACAGGAAGGGUCAAGUUGAGUGUCCCCAGAGUGACCGGCCCCAGUCCUGGGAAGAGGUAGGACCGUCUGGUUUUGCCCCAUGAGUUGGCAGAAAGGCUCAAAACCAGUCAUCCAUUCUAGAGGUAAGUGAAUACCAAACACCUGGAAGCACCUGGGUAUGGUUUAGGGUGUCAGUUGUAAAUGAAGCAUGCUCAGGUCUGCUGAGGCAGGGCUUGCGGAGAGGUGCUGGCGGGGACUGACUGGUGUGUACCUUCGUGGUGCUUUAGUUAAGUUGGAUGGUGGCUUUAAACGAGAGCGUGAAAAAUGAGAGCAGCCUAGUACUACUGAUCCCAUUCCUCAUCCUGCACCGAGAGAUCAAACGAUUUCUUUGCAUUGCAAGGUCCCAAAAGUAGAUGGGCCAGUGUGUUGUAGAGUUGCUGCUCGAGCUCCUCAGCAUGUUGGUUAGAAGCUGCUCUUUGCUUUGCAGGCAUUGAUGGCUUUUCCAGGAGUGUAGCUGGUGAGAUGGGAAGGACUGGGGGAUAAGUGGCUUCUGGGGACUCUGCACUCUCCCUCCUGCAGCACCAGCUCAUGUGCAGCCCCAGCGGGCCAGGCCCGGUGCUGCUGCAGAGGAGCAGGGAUGAGGUGUGGAGUUUGGGACCAGCCCUGGAGACAGUGGGCACAGGAAGAGCGUGGCCGUGUAGCACGCUCUGCUGCAAGCAAACUCCUGGGGUGCAGGAGGAUUUUGGGCAGGAAAUACUGUGACACAGGCUUCCCCUAGAAGGAGGCCAAAUAGGAUGUGAGAGCGACAGGGCACAAGGGAGAUGGUUUGAAGGACCUCUGCCUGGUCCUGCUGGUGCUCGCCCUCAUGUAACGCCUUUGCCCUUACGCUUUCUCACUCAAGCGUUCCUUGCUGAAACAGCUCUGGCCUGGAACAAGGUGAUUGCUGAGGAUGAAAAAUGCUGGACUCCACGGCGAUACAUCCAAAGUCUGGUUUCGAGGUGCGGAGCACUCCUCUUGUCUGCUGUUGGGAGGAAACUAAACUAAUAGUCAUAAGGUUACUAACACUGUGUUAGUUUAAUGGGGAGCUUGUAUUUUCUAAAGUAAAACUGAAGGGUGGGAUGCAGGCUACUGCCCAGCCCUGGGCAUGUGCCACUGCCGAUGUCGGUGCCUGGCACACACAUGUCCAGCGGGCAGCUCCUCGCGGGGAGGAAGCCAUCGUGUUUCUCAGGCUGGGUGUUGUCUUGCUGAAUAGCAUGAAGUGCCAACAGCCACAGACUGUAAUUUAUCUAGUUAAUAGCUUAGCCAUGACUCUGGAAUGAGACUUUAUGCAUAUUCAUGAGUAUUGUUCUUGGUUUGGUUCUUUUUUUUUGUAUUAACAAAUAAACUCUUUUAACCUCUAAA